GAUGCUCCGAUUAUCUUUGUUUCCUUGUUUAAUCUGUGAACAUUGAAACAUUAAACUGUGUAUUUUUUUAUGUUCUGAUUUCUGAUUUUGUCACUUUGUGUGAAUAUUAUUGUUUUUUUACUUCGCGUGAUGAAUUUUAUAUAAUAUUAUUAGCUUAUGGCUGCAUUUAGUUCUAACGAUGAUAUCACGAAAGGGUCAGAAAGCCAUUAACGAAGGAGUAGUAGGCAAAUAUAUAAAAAAAGAUACACCACCGGAUUUGCCGAUUAUAAAUGUGUGGACGACUGGGCAUAAUAAGAGACCUCGCAGCCAACCCUUUGGUGCCAGUGAUGCGAUUUCACAAAAUCAUGAAAAUAAAUUUGGCAAAGCACAAACAGUGAGCGGUCAUGCUGGAAAGUAUACGCCGAGUGAGUCAGUACCAAAUUUAGCGCACAGGUUCGCCAAUUUGUCGACCAACAGUGACACUGCUAGUACAUCAAACAGCUAUAAUUCACAGUUCCAUUUGGACUCUAAUGUGGCAUCUCAUUCAACACUUAAUGAAAUAGAUGACUCAUUCAGCAGGCAGACAAGCUAUAGAUAUUAUAGGCAGCACCAGCCAGAGGAUCCUAUUUAUCAAAAUCAACAACAGGUGCAGCAACAAAAGCAACAACAGUAUGGCUCGAGGGAAACAAGUAGUAUAUCUCGCCUCUCAUCCAACAUGAAUUUGACUCCACGGAUACACCCACCAUCUCCACACUCUGUUCGUUUACACAACUGCACUGAAACAUAUACAACAGUAAGCCAAUCAUCGCCAAUAUAUUCCAAUUAUGUCAAUACAUCAGCACUGCCAUAUCACAACAAGGCUCAUGGAAGCACAAUUAUCUCCAGCAACCAAGGAUCAGAUGAAUGCGAGUUACCAUUGCCGCCGGGAUGGUCAGCCGACCGCACCUUACGGGGCCGUCGCUAUUACAUGGACCACAAUACGCAGACUACUCACUGGACGCACCCGCUAGAGAGCGUGCCUCAACCCUGGCAGCGGGUAUCCACGCCGCAUCACGGCGUUUAUUAUUUUAACGAAAUAACUCAUCAGACAACAUACGCACACCCAUGUUUAGUCGGCGGCUGCUAUUUAGUCAGCCCCUAUGUCCCCACAUUGGUGCCUCCAUAUCUACUAGAAGAGAUACCACACUGGCUUAUUGUCUAUUCCAAAGCGGAUGAAGAGUUGGAUCACAAACUGCACUGGAACAUGUUUCGGUUAAGUGAACUGGAUUGCUAUUCGGACAUGUUGACACGCCUUUACAAACAGGAGCUACAACUUAUCGUAAUGAAGUAUGAGCGUUACAGAUCUGCUUUGUUACAAGAAAUCGAGAGAAGGCGUCAUGCCACUCACGCAAUAACUUAUCGCGCACAUUCGAAUUGUUGAUAUGUUAUUAUGUUGCCUUAUUGACCUGUGAUCUUAUUUAUAAGGACACAUUUUAGUUUAUUAUAAUGAGAUCGAUCACAAUUAUAAUCUGUGAGCAUAGACGUGUCUACAUUGUAUGUGUUACCCUAACAAGGUGUCAUUCCAUAGUGUACAAAUAUAUGUCAGUUGAAUUAAUUAUGAAAUUAUAUUAUUGUGAGAUUUGAAAGUGCAAGACAUGACAUUUAUACUCUUGAAUUUGUAUGGAAACAGAUUACUUAAAACCUACUUAUCAUAUGCAAUCCUGUAGAUGUGUUCUACGAAACAUUAGAUCUGUCGAGGGGAGGUGUGAGAACAUUAUUCACAAAUGCACCUCACAAAUUACAAAAUCUGAUCUGAUGACAUGCGUCACAUAUAUGGAAUAAGUAUGCACCACCCUAAACUCUCCUAUGUUGCAUCGCAUAUGUAGCGUACGUGGGUUGUUUGUUUCUACCUUAAUUGAAUUUUGAUACUAGAGAAUACAUGUUAUUACAUACUAUUGCGAUAUACAAAAUACAACAACGUUAGUUGGGGCCGUAAACUUUUUACUCUAACGGUAAAUCCAUUAAAAUGUAUUGUGUUAACUUGUACUAUUUAUGAAAUUCCACAGUUGAAAUUUUGUACUUUAUAGAAAUUCAAGAGUAGAGACACCUUGGCAAAUAUACAAGUUUUUGCCUCGCUUGUAAUUAAGUCUUCCAUAGCAUAUCGUAUUACGUUAUUAUAAAAAAAUUAUAGGGGAAGAUUCACUCUAAUAACAUGUUUGUGCCUUCAGAGCAGUUUAUAAAGUGAACUGUACUAUAAAAUUAUAUGUAUACACUUGUGAAGUAACAUAUUAAUUAUAAUUAAAAUUGAACCAUGGCCUUGAUAUAAUAUAUUGAAUUAUAUAUUA